UACAAAUAAAUCAAUCUUCCUCCUCCACAUUGCCACCAUUCUUGUUCCCUUCAAUUAAUUACAAGCAUCCAAGUUAUAAUGGGUGUGUUCACUUAUGAAAUGGAGGUCACAACAAAAAUCCCUCCAGCUAAGAUGUUCAAGGCAUUUGUUCUUGAUGGUGACAAGCUUAUCCCUAAGACUGUUCCAGGGGCCAUUAAAAAUGUUGAACUCAUUGAAGGAGAUGGAGGGCCUGGUAGCAUCAAGAAAAUUACUUUCGGCGAAGGGAGCCAAUUCAAUUAUGUGAAGCAUAAGGUUGAAGCAUUAGACAAAGAGAAUUUUAGCUACAGCUACAGUGUGAUUGAGGGUGAUGCAUUAAUGAAAUCACUUGAGAAAAUUACUUAUGAGAUCAAGAUAGCAUCUUCUCCAGACGGUGGAUCCAUCUGCAAAAGCAACAGCAAGUACUUCACCGUUGGCGACUUCGAAAUCAAGGAAGAACAAAUCAAGGGUGGGAAAGAAAAGGCUUCAGGAUUGUUCAAAGCCAUUGAAGCCUAUCUUUUAGCGAAUCCUAAUGCCUAUUAAGAAGGUCAAUUUUAUUCUGCUGAGAAGGUCUUUCACUCUUUUUAUUGUGCUUAAUAAGGGUUCGCUAUUGUGACCACCGAGUGGCCUGUAGUGUUUCA